CGCCGCUUCUUGUGGGGCGCGGAGCCCAGGCGCGGCCAGCAGGAGCAGGGCAGGCGGGCAGCUGCGGACUCAGAACCGCGCGCCCUCCGCGUCCUCUGCCCGUGACGGGCUGGAGCCGCCGGGGGACCAUGGUGUUAGGCCAGGAGGACGUUCGUAGUUCCUUCAAUUCUGAGGCACAAAAGUAGGUGAGACUGCUUUUGUAUCUGCGAAGUGCUUCACUCCUGAAUGUAAUUCUAGCUGAGUGCAAUCUAGGUUAAGAGCCGGACAAGCGGGUAAUUAGAGCCCGCUCGCUGCCUGAGGACCGGCCGCCCCGCCGAAGCGCGCCCGGAGUCGGUGCCCUUCUCCCGGCCGAGCCGAGCUGCGGCUGGACACGGAGCGCCCGAGAUGAUGGUGCUGGACAAGGAAGACGGCGUACCGAUGCUGUCUGUCCAGCCCAAAGGGAAGCAGAAGGGCUGUGCUGGCUGCAACCGCAAGAUCAAGGACCGCUACCUACUGAAGGCUCUGGAUAAGUACUGGCACGAGGACUGCCUCAAGUGCGCCUGCUGCGACUGCCGCCUGGGCGAGGUGGGCUCCACCCUCUACACCAAGGCCAACCUCAUCCUGUGCCGCCGAGACUACCUGAGGCUCUUUGGCACCACGGGAAACUGCGCCGCCUGCAGCAAGCUGAUCCCAGCCUUCGAGAUGGUGAUGCGGGCCCGGGACAAUGUGUACCACCUCGACUGCUUCGCCUGCCAGCUCUGCAACCAGAGAUUUUGUGUGGGAGACAAAUUCUUCCUGAAGAACAACAUGAUCUUGUGUCAGAUGGACUAUGAGGAGGGGCAGCUCAAUGGCACCUUUGACUCGCAGGUGCAGUAAUACCCGGCGCCUGGCCUCCAGGGCUGUCCGCCCGACUGCCCGCCCGCCCGCCUGGCCGGCCAGCCGCUCUCCCGUCGAUGAGAACUCCGUCCUCCGUGGGAGGGACGGCCCUCCCUCCAUGCUGCCCGUCUGUGUGUGACCCUCCUGGGGCCAGGCGGGGCCUGUACAUUCUGUCUACUGUAUAUAAAUGGGAACAUUUAUUUUAUGAGAAAUGUAAUGCGAUUUUAU